AAUUUAGACAAGGUUAUGUUUACGAAUCUUGUUAUGCCAAGAAUAUUUUUAAGUAAGAAAUUCAGCAAUUAAAUUUUAUAAUGACGUGAUAAUAUUAUAAUAUUGAAUAUGCCAUUUCAACGAUAUUACUCGCUCAUAUCAGCGGCACGACCGGCUACAGUAAAUUUAAUCUCACGAUUUAUUUCGAGAAAUAAUGGGCUCAAACAGUACACACAGGUAGAGAAUGAUAAAAGUCAAGCUGAUAUCAAACUGAAUAAUUUAGCGGAAUGUCAACAUGAUGUAAAAGAUAGAUUAAACACGACUCCGUCUUCGUGCAAUCAGCAAUUUAUUAAUUUAUCUGAUGAGGACUUUCUUGACGAUCAUGAUGUAACAUUAUCAAAACCUUUGGACACAUGCACUGAAGAUUUAUCAGAUAUUGGUCCAUAUUUUACUCCGACUUUUUCCUUCGCGAAAUAUGCAAACAAGUCUCGCACGAUCCAAGAGUUGGUAAAGCUUGGAGUCGGUCUGUAUAAAUUUGAAUCACACGAGGGAAUGGUACAGUAUAUUCUUGGUCUCGAUUUUGAGAAGGAUGUGAAACCAUACAUAAGAUUUCUGCAUGAUUGUGGUGUACCUGCUGAUUAUUUAGGCGAAUUCCUCACAAAGAAUCCCAAGAUCUUCAAAGAAGACAUGAAUGAUCUACACACAAGAAUAAGAUAUUUGAGAGCACACGAAUUUAGCAUGGAUAUGAUAAAAACUAUAAUCUGUAAAAAUCCCAAGUGGCUGUUGUAUAAAACAAACGAUAUAGAUGGUAGACUUGGCUAUUUUCAACACAAUUUCAAACUCAAUGGUAGUGAAGUGAGGAUCUUGACAGUUAAAGGACCCAAGGUAGUAACAUAUAAAAUGGUACAUUUAAUGGAAAACACAUUCACCAUCAAAGAAGAGAUGGGUUUUGAUGUAAAGCAAAUGAAAAAACUGCUCCUUAAAAUACCAAGAAUAUGGACAAAAAAUCGUGAAAGAUUGUUAAAUACAUUCGAGUAUGCUCACGACAAAAUGCAAUUGCAGCGUGAUUUUAUUGUGCAAAUGCCACAAAUUUUACUUUGUAGAAAAACUAGACUCCAACAGAGGCAUUUGUUCUUGGUAGAAAUGAAGCGAGCACAAUAUGAUCCUUCUAAACCAAUGUAUGUUUCACCACGAGCUUUAAUUAGUGGUACAGACGUGGACUUUUGUAGAGACAUUGCAAAGACGACUGUUGAAGUUUAUAACGCAUUUCUAAAAACAUGUUCAUAAUAUGUAUAUAAUAAUAAUUAUAAAUAAAUUCUGACAAAUGUUUUACAAA